UGCAACGAACUUAACGCUCCGAGCACCUGCGGCAGCGGGUUGAACGGGGCCAGGCGUUUAUACUUGAACAGGUGAAACUGUAGUGACGGUCGUCGUCGUCGACGUCGACGUCGGCGGUGGCGGAGUCAGCGACGUCGACGGCCGGUGAUGAGUAAGCGAGACGCACAGCCCGCCCAGUCGUCUCCGUCGCACCGUGCGCGUCCCCAACCGCCAACUCGCCCCCCGUCUCUCUCGCCUCCACACUCAACUUAACACGCCAACCCCGAUCACCGCACAUGGGCACCUGUUGCUCACGCAACUCUCGCAAGUCUCAAGAGGGUGGGGAUGCUGGCGAGAUUCGAGACGAGGACCUCAAAGGAAUUUUUCGCGAAUUUGAUCUAAAUGGAGAUGGAUUUAUCCAGAGGGAUGAACUGCGAUCGGUGAUGCAGAAGAUGGGUCAGUCUCCUACCGAAGAGGAAUUGGACGCAAUGUUUAACGCUGCGGACCAGGAUCAAGACGGAAACAUCGAUUUCAAAGAAUUCCUCCAAAUUGCUCAUGCAAAUCCUCUUUCACUUUCACUUAAAAACGUCUUUGAAGAGUUAGACGUUGACGGAGAUGGAUACAUAACCAGAUCUGAAUUACGUACUGCUUUUCAACGAAUGGGUCAUUCACUCUCCGAUCAAGAUAUAAAAGCUAUCUACAAACAUGUCGAUGCUAACAACGAUGGAAAGAUCAACUUCCAAGAAUUUUGUCAAAUGAUGACAAGGAGGAAGUAGCGCGUAUCGACAUCGAUGUAAUCGCUGUGUACUUGUUCAGUUACAGUUGUGUUUUCACUGAUUUCAUUUGCUAACCACUUUACUUAUAUCAUUUACUAAGUAAUUCGCUCAUCUCAACAUUCACUAUAUAUGUAUUGCUUUUCUGGCAACGUUCAGCAUUGCACUGGCAGCAUUUACUCUGCCGAAUCGAAUCGUAAUGGCCUAUACAUUGAAUGCGUUCGGCAUUCAUCACCAAAGCAUUGCCUCUCAGACUUGUGAUCUAAAUUUCUAUUCAGAUUAUUCACUCAUGAGUCAUUUAUGUUCUUCUGUGAUUACGAUACAGUAUAAAUGAGGGUGAGUUACGG